AUGGAUCCACGGGCGUCGCCUAUCACGCUGAAUAACAUCGGUGAUCUCUUCAACCUGCCGGCAUCAAUGGGUCUGAUAGAUGAUGAAGAUUUCGAAAGUACGAUGAUGAUGCUCGACAAUGCAGUAUUUCGAAGAGAAGACCCAGACAACACGGAGUUAAAUCUGACCGGACUAAGCGACGCAUUCAAUACACAGGAUCCAGGGUCGCCUCUCACCACAAGCGAUCAGCACUCGGUGAAUGAAGAUAAGUCGGGGUUUCCAGUGGGUGUCAACUCUUGCCUGUCGCCUGACCUGAAGAUCCGAAUCAGAACUCCUGUCGGUGGUGCAGUCCACAUCAAACAGGAGAGCAAUAUCCCUGGCUAUUCGCCGAUUAUAGACUCAUUCCUUCGCGAGUCGUGGGAUGACAUCGUUGGUCCAGGAUCAAGAUCUGCACAGGCCUCUUUUAAACCAACAAGUAGUUGCUCAAGCCCCUUUACAAUUUCGGUUACCCCUGGGCGCGUGAAUCCGCUUCCAUUCAACUUCCUGCCCCCCAUUCCGUCGCCAUUAGUGGGUCAGACAUUGACGAAGAGCAUGCCUUAUCUCACGCCUUCGCUGCCACUACCCCCAGCAACGCUGCGCACGGUCUCCAACACUUCAACCUCUUCGUCAGUGUCGUCUGCUUCGUCUACCAAAUCUAAAUGCAUCCGACGAGCAAAGCAAUGCAUAGCGGAAGGAUGCACACGACGCGCACAGUCGAAUAAUCGAUGCAAGACUCACGGAGGUGGAGCACGAUGCCAAGUGGAAGGUUGUGACAAGAGUUCACAAGGUGGAGGUCUUUGCCGUGCUCAUGGCGGUGGUAAGAAAUGCCGUGUACCUGGCUGCUCUAAAGGAACACAGCGCCUGGGCUUGUGCUACUUGCACGGUGGGAUCCGUCGCUGCAUUACGGAGGGCUGCACGAAGAAGGACCGUGGCAAUGGCUAUUGUAUCUCGCACGGAGGUGGUCGGCGAUGUGUGGCUGAGAACUGCAACCGGUCGGUUCGAAAAGGGAACCACUGCCAAAUGCACCAAGUUCUAGCUGAAGACACUCCGUUCCAAAUCAGUCGUGGUCACGGACUAACAUCAUCGUAAACAGCCAGACACACUCAGUAGCUUAGAUAAUGAGGAGCUUACAGUAUAGAUUUUGACAUGUAAAUACAACAUUAAGACUUC